AUGAAAACUUCAUUACAACAGAAAUCAUUUGGCGCAAGUCUUGAAUUACAAACCCAAAGUGGAACUAUGUUAUACACGUGUGAUACAAUUAUCAGAAAUGGAGACGAAGAGAAACAAAUCCAAGCAGCUCUCAAAAUUGCAACUGAGAAACUGACUGACGUGGAGUCACCAAAAACUGGAAUUCCAAUUUUUGCAUUUUCACAUAAGAGAAGUUUAGAUAUGACGGAUGACGACUGUGCAAAGCCACGGGUGUUACACAUGACAGAAGCAUUUGUUGAUUUAGACAGUUGGACGUCACAGCUGAGUGGUGAGGAGACUUCCAUAGUAACAGACAUCUUCUCGACUUAUUUACAAAAUGGGAUCAAGUCGGUUGUCCUGAAUCCAUUCCAAUCGUGUGGCACACUUAAUGCGACUCUCAACGAGUCAUUACACGCAAAAGUAACCCACCAGAGUGUUGGGAAUGUGUUCUCUGAAGAGACGAUCAAUAAUGUAUGGGUUAAGAAGAGUGGUGACAUCAUGAGGCCAACAAACACGAUAGUGAUGGUGGAGAUAUACCUGGAGCCUUUGGACGACGACCAAGAGGGACAUUUGAUUGUUGAAAUGGCAAAGAAGUUUAUUGGCAAGCCUGCUCCAUUUACGCCAUUCACCGCCUUUUUAACUGAAAAUUGGAAGAAGCAAAAGUAUUUCAAAAAGAAGAGAGGUGCAAGUGAGAAUUAUGAAGAAGACAUCAAGAUGGAUGACCAACAAGAUACUAAUUUCUCAAGUCACUCAAAAGUGAUGGUGAUGAUGACUACAACACCAGAAACUAUGACAAACACACUAUUUAACUUAACAAACAUUAAGACAAUUGUUUCUUCUGCUAAGUACAAUGAAGUGGUUUACACGGCGUCUGACUGGAGUGACGAGGGAAAUGCUAAUACUAUUGAAAAAUUCAAUACGGGAGGAUUGAAUGUCGUGGAGACAAGAGAACUGAUUGCAGGGUAUUUGCUCCACCCCGCCUAUUUGCGAGAGUGGAAAGGUGCAAGACCUUUCAAUACUUCAAUGCAAGAAAAUAUUUCAAAUGUUCCAAAGAAAAGUGUAGUCAAAAGUACUCAAAAGGAUAUUCAAAGUGAACAAAAAGAACAAGAGAAGGCAGUGUGCUCAAAACGAAUCAAUCCAAUAACUGGCAAAACGGAGAGUGUCGUUUUCGAGCGCAUUAAAGGGGAUACCAAAGACGACACAACAAUUAUAGUACCCGUUCUUGCAGUCGUUAGGUAUUUCUGUGAACUUGGGCGUACUGAUGUUGAAGUGUCGAUAGGUAACUUGUUUGGGAAUUACAACCGCCUUCGGCAGAUAAAAGAAGAAGUGCAGAGUUACAACAAAAUUGUUAAAACAAAUGCACAGAAUUGUGAUGAAGCCAAACGACUGUUCAUGACGUCUUUUGUGGAGAAAGUGAGUGCAAUUGGAUACACAAUAGCAAUUGACGAGCACAAGGAUGUGAAAGUUCCUGGCAUUGAAGAGGUUCUUAAAACAAUAGAAGAUGAAUUUGAUCAAUUAAUCACAGACGCGAGAAGUGAGUGUAAGAAGGCGUCUGGUGAGGUAGAGUAUAUGCAACUCCAAGAAGUAUACAAACCAGGUGACUUUGUGAUGAACGACAAGAUCACUGAAAUAGGGAACCUUCCAGUCGUCUUUUUAAUCGAAGACAGUCAUUAUGAAGUCCACCGGUCGAUGAUGUUGGGAAGGAAGUAUUACUUCUCGAUGCGCCUUAAAACAAUGGUACGAGGUCUUGAUGAGUAUCUCUCUGUAAGUUUUAAUGUAUCUAUUGGCGAGUGGAUUGGAAAACGUGCACUGAAAGACUUUGACUACCACCCAAUCAAGAAAUACGAAGCAAAAGUGUAUGAAAAGUACUAUGAAAUGAUUUCAAAAUUCAAGAGCACUCCCGUUUACAUGCACUACAGUGAGUUCUCGUUCUUCCCACAUCAAAGCAGAAUUGGAAAUUCACACACACAAACUGACUCUGCGACUUCAAAAGAUGGCUCAUUAGUGGUCGACAUGGAACUGACUGUAUCAUUGAACAAAAGUGUUGUUAAAGGGGUCAACGAGGCGAGUGAAGCAAUAGUUAAUGCAUUAUCAGAGUAUAAAAAGGUCCGCAAGACGUUUCCACCGACAUGCAGUGAGAGUGAAAGGAUAGAGCGGUAUAAGACAAAGGGAAUUGAAGUGUUUGAAACGCUGCCAGAACAUCUCCAUAAACUCGUGUGGCCAACAGUCUCUGCUUAUUCCAUCACUCAGAAAUGCUGGGGACAUGUUCUGGUCCCUCUUUUGAAUGCCAUUGAGAUCAGAAGUGUCGAGUGGAAUCAACUUGUACUUCCUUCUACUGUCAAAGAGUUAUUGGUUGCAACUGUAGCGUCCUCCGUCAAAGGGAAAAAGAUGAUACAGACAGAUGGACAUAUUAAUGAAAGUGACGCACUUGCUUUAAAUGUUCAGAAAAUGCUCAAAACUGAGAGCAAAUACAAGUCCGCCCAAAUACUGAAAACACGAGGGAAUGGCACACUCUUCUUGUUGUAUGGGCCACCAGGAACUGGAAAGACGUUAAGUGUAGAGGCGCUAAGCAUUUUGUUUGGUCGUCCGAUGUACCAAGUCUCAUUUGGAGAGUUGGGAACAACCAUCAGUGAGUUGGAAGAACGACUUGGCGACAUUUUGUUCUUGACAUCUCGAUGGGGAGCACUUGUUCUGUUGGACGAGGGUGAUGCACUCAUUGAGAAGAGGACGUCUGGCCAAUUUGUGAUGAACUCGAUGACUUCUGUACUUCUGAGACUACUUGAAAACUUCGACGGAGCACUUUUUGUAACGAGUAACAGACCUCUUGCACUUGAUCCAGCUGCAUUGAGUAGAGUAACUUUGGCUGUUCACUUUGAGAAAUUAAAAGAAGAGUCAAAGGAAGAGAUUUGGAGGAAUUCUCUUGUUAAUUUGUUUGAAAGAGAAGUUAUAGAAGGGAUUGAAAGAGGAAGAAAUGGUGCAGAGGAAUACGUCGAAAAGAAUUUUGAUGUCAAAAAGUUGGGUUCGUUUAAUGGCAGCGGAAGAUCUAUCGGCGCAAUCAUUAAACUUGCAGUUGCUCUUGCGGAACAAAGAAACAAAGAACUUUCUUUUGACAUCUUGAAAGACGCAAAUGAAGUCUUCACGAAAUUUAGUGACGACUUAAACAAAGACGGACUUCUUUUUGAAAAGGAAAAUUGGUGA